AUGUCAAACUCAAGCUCGAAUCCAACCCAUGCACUCCCUUCUUACAGCCAAGUUGCUUGCAUUGGGGCAGGGGCAAGUGCGAUCGCGUUAGGUGCAACACUGAAAAGAUGGUACGGUGUGGAAGAUAUUCGCUUCUUUGAGCGGCAGACAGACUGUGGUGGAACAUGGCAUAUCAACACGUAUCCAGGCUGCGCGUGUGACGUUCCCAGUGCUCUGUACAGCUUUUCAUUUGCUCCCAACGCUGAGUGGUCCAAGUUGAUGCCUUCGCAACAAGAAAUCAAAGCGUACCAGGAUGGUGUCGUCGCAACAUACGGUUUGAGACAGAGAAUGACAUUCCGUACGGAGGUGAAACAGUGCGUAUGGCGGGAUGAUGCGUCUCGAUGGGUUCUUUUCCUCCGCAAUGUCGAGACUGGAGAAGAAUCAACACAUGAGUGCCAGGUACUGUUUUCCGCCACAGGCCACUUUGCUGAACCUCGGCCUUGCGAAAUCCCCGGGGCUUCAUCUUUUCAGGGUGAUAUUAUUCAUUCAGCUCGGUGGGAUCACAGCGUCAGUUUAGAGGGCAAAAGAGUUGUAGUCGUCGGGAACGGAUGUACUGCGGCGCAGAUUGUACCUGCUAUUGUCAAGCGGACCAAAUCUUUGACGCAGAUCAUCCGGUCCCAACACUGGAUCUUCCCAGCAACCAACUUCACCUACCCGAAAAUUCUGAAAUGGAUUUUUCAGUACAUUCCUCUUACAUUGAAACUUCACCGACUGCAUAUUUUCCUCCUUGCGGAGAGUAGCUUCCGAAUGUUUCCAAUGACAGAUAAAGCCGCACGACUAAGACAGAAGCGCAGGAGAGAGGUGGAGAAGUACAUGAAAGAUACAGCGCCGGCAAAAUAUCAUGACAUUCUGAUUCCAGAUUUUGAGAUAGGGUGCAAGCGACGGAUUUUCGAUGACGGAUAUCUCAAAUCACUCCACAGUGAAAACCUUUCUCUCACAACAGCCAAAAUUCUUGAGAUUGUUCCUGAAGGUGUGAAAACUUCCGAUGGAAUUGUUGCUGCCGACGUCAUUGUAUUAGCAACCGGGUUCAAAACGAAUCAAUUUACGCCCUUCAUGGACAUCGUGGGCCGUAAUGGGAGUCUGACUGACCACUGGAAGAGAUACGACGGACCUGAAGCUUACAACUGCUCUGCUAUGAGUGGUUUCCCAAAUUUCUUCCUGUUAUUUGGGCCGAACGCAGGAACUGGUCAUACCUCAGCACUGAUGGCUGCAGAAAAUUCUGUCAAUUACGCGCUUCGUGUGCUGAAACCAGUCUUUGAACAAGAGGCAGACUCAGUUGAGCUCACGCAGGUAGCGGAGGACGAAUAUUCCGACAGAGUUCAAGAUGCAUUAAGAAAGCGGGUGUGGAAUGCUGGCUGCCAAUCGUGGUAUCAGAAUGAUAAAAACUGGAACGCCAUGGCCUAUCCGUGGUCCCAGGCCUAUUUCUGGUAUCGGAGCCUAUUCCCCAUUAACUCACAUUGGAAUGUCCGGACACGGAGCCCGAGAAAGUUUCGGAUUGGCAUAUACUGGACGAUAUUACCCAUCAUUCUUAGUUUGGGUUUCCUCGCAUCCCGCACGGAGAAUUUGACUGUUGGCCCUGUGAUGCUAGAUUUUGGCAGGAAUAUGCUCUCUUCCAUACGACAUGUGACAGCUUCUGUUCUUUCGAAGAUUCCGAUCCUGGGAGCUAAGAGCUGA